UCUGUUCCAGAGUCCGCUAUAGUUCGAAGACUUUCUACUUCGUUCAAGAUGGAUUUGCAAACUGAGUUUCAAUUCUUUGCACGUGCAUUACGUUCCUCGGAUAUUAUUUAAGUGAGCCACUGCUACGAAUUACGUGAUGCCCGGGAACACGACAGUGGGAAGUACACUUUUGGACGAGGAACUUCGCCGUAUCUUGCUGGAAAGGGAGCAAGAAUGUUUGCAGUUGCAAGCGAUGAAUUCUACCCCGCCACCAGAGCCGUAUUGUCGGAUGACUUUCGACGGAUGGUCCUGCUGGCCAAAUACUCCAGCAGGAACUACUGCAUACGCACCGUGUCCAAAUUUUAUCACCGGUUUCGACGCCUCGUUGCAGGCACACAAAUAUUGCGAAUCGAACGGCACUUGGUUUCGGCAUCCGGAAUCUGAUCUAGUCUGGAGCAACUAUACGACGUGUGUCAAUCUGAAAGAUCUCAAUUGGCAGCAAGGAAUCAGUGGACUAUACGAAGCUGGAUACGCAAUAUCGUUGGUAGCGUUGCUGCUCUCGUUAGGUAUUCUCACGUAUUUCCGGUCCCUGAGAUGCGCAAGGACGACGCUUCAUAUGAACUUGUUCGCCUCCUUCGCUGUAAAUAACGCUCUAUGGCUGGUGUGGUAUAGAUGCAUAGUUGCGAAUACGGAUUUACUAUUGAACAAUGGGGUAACGUGUCGGCUGCUGCACAUUAUUCUACACUAUUUUUUACUUACUAAUUACGCCUGGAUGUUGUGCGAGGGUUUUUACUUGCAUACGCUUCUUGUUAGCGCUUUCACCAGCGAGCACAAAUUAGUAAAGUGGUUAAUGGGCCUUGGUUGGCCGGUGCCUGCGGUCAUCGUAACGAUUUAUGCCUCUCUGCGAGUAGCCAGUGACGAUCCUGCGGACACCGGACAAUGUUGGAUCGACGAGGGUAAUUAUAUGAACGUACUGGUUUAUCCGGUCUGUGUUUCCACCCUGUUGAACGUGCUCUUUCUUUUUAACAUUGUUCGAGUUCUACUGAUGAAGCUAAGAGCUGGUCCCACGAUUGGCACGCAACCCUCCAGGUCCAUGCGUCAAGCAUUUCGAGCAACGCUACUUCUCGUGCCUCUCUUGGGUCUACAUUACCUUGUCAUUCCCUUCAGACCGCCAAAAAAUCACCCCUGGGAGCAAUUUUACGAGGUCCUCUCCGCCAUAACGGCCUCUUUCCAGGGUCUCUGCGUUGCGAUUUUGUUCUGUUUCUGCAACGGCGAGGUAAUAGCGCAGUUCAAGAGGAAAUGGGAAGGGACGCUCCUUCUACGGAAUCGGGCCAAUUCUUGCACAGCCACCACCGUCUCGGUCCGAUGCCGGGAGAGGAGAAGGUGUGACUAUCAGUCUACCAUGCGGGAAGUUUUGGACGAAAAACGAGCCGCGAACGACCAUCAGCCAAUCGUCCAGCUGGUCGCCGCCACUCCUGUCUCUAACAGUCACAACAAUCACGCCAGAAUGCUGAUCAAGUCCAGCGACUUGUCCGACAACGAGCAAACACAAUGUUGAUGAUCCUGAUUGCUGAUGAUCAGCCACUGAAAAUGCCGAAGCUGGUAAAUGGGUAUUAUCCAGUGAACGUCAAAGGCAAAGCGAAGAUCAAAGGGUUCUGUUCUACGCAGAAUAGGGAGCUUAAGGAUUACGUGAAUCAUUUGUUUGAAAUGACUGGAGAAUAGGUGCUUUUAGUGAUAAAUGGAACUAAAUUUUUAACGAAAAUCGUUGAAGAUGAUGACAUUAUCUUUACUUCGAAAUGAAAAUUAAGUGAAAAAGCGUACAGUGGUUACGGAAAAUAUUGAUACAUACUUUUACUUUCCAAUGCGACGUUUUUUUUUUUUUUUUUUUUUUUUUUUUUUAAUCAAGUUGUACAUUUUAUUUUUAAUUUUGAAGUCAUAUGAAAAUACUAUUACCUAAUUUAAUAGAUUUGGAUCUGACUAAUUAGUAUAUGAAUGAUAUAAUGAAUACAGUGGUAUGUAAAUAGUUUUCGUAGACACUGUAAUUUAAUAAUUAGGGCUGUGGAGGCAAAUUCUAACGAGCGAGUGAUAUUAUCGAAAAUAAUAAACGUACUAUUGUAUUUUUCGGAUCUUUAAUUAAUUUAAGGUAAUAGAAGGAUGCAGUAAAUCGCUUGUUUGGAUA